AAUCUGACACGACCCAAUAUAUAUCACAGAAGAAAACAAAAAGCAAACGGUCGUACCAUUCAAAAAUCAGAUAAUGAAGCGCCAGGAUGGCUCUGUCUGCAUAUACCCCAGUACAGAGCACACAAGGAAAAAAAAAUCAAAAAAAGAGCACAGAGCACACCACGAACCCCCCAACAGCUAAAACCCUAGCAAUCGAAACCCUAAUGGCGGUUUCUCUCCCUGUUUCGUCUGAAGCUGAGUUUUCCCAGUGAUUCCUCAUAACAGCCACCUUCAAUUUGCAUUUUAGAGAGAGAGUGAGAUAUAUAUGGGGUUCAUGGGGAUAUCGGAGGUCGAUUGUAGUGUAGGGACGAUUGUGUGGGUUCAGAGGAAGAACGGGUCCUGGUGGCCAGGGAGAGUUGUGGGUCCCAAUGAGCUUUCAUCUUUUCAUUUUGUUCACUCCAGAGUCGGAACUCCAAUCAGACUUCUCGGGAGAGGCUAUGCCAAUUUGGAUUGGUACAAUCUAGAGCAAUCUAAGCGUGUAAAAGCAUUUCGUUGUGGUGAGUUUGAUGCUUGUAUUGAAAAGGCUGAAUCCUCCCAGGCCAACUCUUCAAAGAAAAUUAUGCAAUAUGCACUUCUAGAAGAUGCUAUUCUUCAUGCUCUUGAGCUUGAGAAGCAAGAACCAUGGAAGAAGCGUAAAGAACCAGGAGAGGAGUGGGCUGAAACUAUUUUCCGAGCGAAGAGAAGCAGAUGUGUUUACUUGCCAGCUGAAUCAAAAAAUUACGUAAAGCAGAUAGUUCCUGAACCUCUACAGGUUUCAUCCUCCCAGUAUGAAAUGGGCAGCUUUUCUCUUCAUUCUGAUCAAGCUGAAGAAAACACUUCUUCCAGUUCAGCAGAGUCUGAUUCUUCUGGGAGUGAUUAUCAAGAUGCAGAGGGAAACAAAGGGGUGACACGACUUUCAGAUGAUUAUGAUGGGCAACCUAAAAACAUGAACUGCAACAAGCAUUAUGAAGUCAAAUACUUGUUUGACUUUUCUCAUAACGACCAGGACAUAGCUGAUGUUGGCAUUCAGAAUUGGAAGCUCAAACACACAUUAAACAGCUGCAGUCUACCCAAAAGGCUUGGAGAUGUGGUUGAUGGAAAGAGUUAUGUCGAGUUCAGAAAUGGAACUGCAUUUGACACCAAAUCAGAGAAAAGCAUGAUUGGGUCAGCCAAUUCACUGUCUCAGUCAGCUCCCAGAGUUGGUUACUUGGAAGACCAUGGCAAUAAAUGCUCUGAUCCAGUCUAUAUUGGUCAUCAUAACAGUUUGGAUACAACAUUGAUAGAUGUGGAUUUGACAGUCCAACCAAGCUAUGGAGGAGAGAAUGCCCCUCUGGUUUCUCUAGUUAGUAGAUUAAAUGGAAAUGCAAUAAUAGGGCACCCAAUCAAUAUAGAAGCAUCAGAAGACGGUGCUUCAGAGAUUCUACUACCUAAAGAUGAUGAUAUUGGCCACAAGUUUGACAAUGACAGGACUACAAUGCUUCCACAAGUAUGGAAAACUUCUAAAAGGACUCCUGUCUGUUAUGCCCCACAUCCUCAUCCUUCCACUUUUGAGGAUGAUAAAUUUGCAAAAGCUUGUCUGGAUUCCGGCCAUUCAAGUUCUAAAGUAAUGGAAAAAAGUUUAUCCCGAGCACAGGAGUUCCCAAGGAAGCCGAUGAAGAUGAUUGGCAUGUCUAACCAGAAAAUGAAAACACGCGCUUCAUUUGCCACUGAAGAGAUACCUGGUGGAAAAGGGGGCGGUCCUCAAUCUGCUAGGCAGAUCUGCAUGACAGACAGGCCACUGAAACCAAAAGACAGUCUUUCUACUGUAACAGAAGUCCCUGUGAAACUAAUACUCAGCAAGUUACUAGGGGCAAUUGCUGGGCAACAAUCUUGAGCAACAAAUCCUGGAGUUGUAGCUCAUUGAAAUAUAGAAAGAUACCCAACAUAGUUUUCAAUGUAAUCAUUACAUGUAAUUAAAUCACUUUUGUAACUUUGCCACAAUCCAACUUGGUGAACUACAAAACAGCUUCAAUGCUGGGUUCUGGCUUUGAAUUCUAAUGCAAUCUAGUCCCAACUAUUGGGGCUUUGUUAAAGUGAGUCCUUCCAUUGUGCAUUCUCAGUGGAACAUCUG